CAGGGGAAUACACACACACACACAUACACACACAGAGCUCAUGAGGAUGCAUCGUCACUUCUGUCUCUGAUCACAGAGACUGAAGCAGCUGACCUCAGUGCUGUGAUAUCAGACGAACAACUACAGUGGGAACAAAAAUUGACAGGUGACCACAAGAGACUGAAGUGCAUCACUAACCUGGUCUACACAGGACUAACAGCAUUCAAGUUUUCUUCCAGUCAAUGCCUCUGAGCCAGUCCACACCGUCAAGUCUUCGAAAGAUGACCAGAUGACUGCGGACGACAUCAUGCAUAACGUCAACGUCGUUCUCUACACACUCAUUGUCGUGCUCGGCAUCACAGGGAACUCCGUGGUGGUCUGGGUGGCAGGAUUCAAGCUCAAGCCGAAGGUCACAAAUGUGUGGCUGGUGAAUCUGGCGAUAGCAGACCUGAUCUUCUGCUUCACACGAGUCUUCUCUCUCAUUAAGCUCUUCUAUGACCACUGGCCCUUUGGCACCUUCAUCUGCAAAUUCAACGGCUUCUUCAAAUAUGCCAACAUGUUCUGCUCCGUCUUUCUCCUGGCUGUGAUCAGUGUGGACCGAGCACUCUGCGUCUGGCGGCCCGUCUUCACCAAACGACGGCGCACCCUAUGUGCAGCCAGGGUGGUGGCUGUCUGCGUCUGGAUAGCAGCCAUCAUCUUCAGCACUCCAUACUUUGUCCACCGGCAAGUCUACCUGGAAAAGAACCUGAGUCAGUGCUCUGUGGAUUCGACGGAGGCGACAGACACGGACAGCAGCACCAAACUGGCUCUCUACAUCAUCCGCUUCAUGUGUGGCUUCAUGUUGCCUUUCAUAGUCAUCCUCAUCUGUUACAUCCUGGCCGGCAUUGGCAUCCGACGCACUCGUCUGUCAGGGAAAUCGCGCCCUCUGCGUAUAUUAGUGUCACUGGUCAUUGCGUUCUUCCUGUGCUGGGCUCCGUACCACUGCCUCCUGCUGGUGAAGCUGGUGGACAGUAAGAACAAGGUGGUGAAGAGCUGGUCUACUGUGGCUAUGGGCAUCGCCUACUUUAAUAGCUGUGUGAACCCGCUGUUGUACUUCUGCACGGGGCUGGAUGUCAGGGGGAGGCUCAGGCAGAGUCUGGCAGGGGUGUACCGGCGAGCUCUGGCAGACGAUGUGGACGAACAGACGACUCAGUCCAACGACCGCUCCUUGGACGACAGUAGCGGGUCGAAACACACCACUGUUGUGGUGGCAGGGAAGAGUCGGUCAUCAGUGGAUUCAGCCAAUGUCUGAGUCUCCCAGUGAUCCCUAAACUUAAAGAAACACACGGGUGCUUUUUCAUGUUUUAAAUAAAUUUAAUUCAUACUGUAUACAUCAUAUUCAUAUUAUAAAAGCUUUCAUAGUACUAGAGCUGGCAGAGCGUGAAUGUGCCAUGGUUGAUAUAGUAGGUAGUAAAAGGUUCAGCAUCUUUCCAUCCUAACUGAAAGUGUUGCUUCCUUCUCAGUAAACAGUAAAUUCUUGUAGAUGCAUUUAAAAAUUGUAUUUACAGUGACUUUUGGAAAUGUUUACUCAGUGGGGUUUUGUUGAGCAGCAGAGUCCGUUUUGAAAUUUCUAAAUUAAUAUUGCAUUUUCUUUGGACUUUCUUCUUUAGACAUUUUUCUACUUUGGACUGCUGACCUUCCAGUGAACAGACUGAGUGCUUCACAUACUGAGGUCAGAUUUUGCUGUUAAACAUUUUUGAGUUAUGUUUUGAUGCAAUUAAAGCCACAGAUGAAAAGUGGAACUGUGGUGAGUCUGGAGGGAGAGGAAGGAAGAUGGAGGGAAGUGAGACUAUUACUUGGAAAUACAAAAAUAAGUUCAGUUGUGACAGAUACAGCACUGAGGGUUACACAAACUGAAACUUAACUGUGGGUGAAUUGCAUUUCAAAUAAUUAGUCACAGGGUUUCUAUGAAUGUUUUCAUAUUCUACCAUCGGAAAUACUCUGGAGGGUUUCAUCAGCAGUGAGUGUGAGUGUAACCAGAGCAGAGAACUGGGCAUGUGAACCAUAAAAUCAAGCCCAGAAGCUGAUCAGCCAGCACAGUGCACAUCAAUCCUUAGCAACACAGCUGUACCUGCUCUACAGAUUACUUACACAUCGCUGACAUACAUGUCUGUAUGAUCAGACUGUUUAUCUUGAACUCACUUUUCUUUAGGAUUUCUGUUCUGAUGUGUUUUGUGGCAGUAUUAACUUGUUGAAUAGGAUGGAUUUACGCCCACAGUGUUACACUGAUUUAAAAUUCACUGCAAUGAUGGAUAAUAAGCCUAGUUCAACUUUCUUUAACUUUGUAAAUCGUGCUAUAAGAUGAAAGACAAACUGUAAAAUGAACAGAAAAGCUUUUAAAGUUGUAGGAACUUGUAGUUGUGUUAUGGUUGUGUAAUUGUGCAAAGGUGCCAAUACAAACACCAAAAGCUGCAACAAAUUAUAAUAAUAAAAUCAGUGUUAUCUGUUGUCGUGGCUCUGAUGGUUCAAAACUAAAAAAUAAAAGCAAAGCAGCGUUGUGUUAGCAAAUUUAAUCGCAGGUCAGCUUAUGUUCAGAGGCCAGUGAUCUUUCCGUGACCUUAACCAAGUGCUGUGCAAGUUUAAACUUAAACCAUAAAAAGGUUUGAUUACAUUGCAGUCACCGCAGGUGACGAAUGUCAGCCUUCAAAAAAAUUUGUUUAGUUAUCAGUGAAAAGACUGAAACCAUCAUAUUUUCACAAACCUUUCCAAAUUCACUUUCAAGCAAUAAACACAAAGGAUGCACAAGGGAAGCAGUGUAUAUUCACAGAGAACCAACCUUGCUACAUAGCGCCAACCCAAACACAAGCACAGCGACUACACACAGAGAGACUAUCUUCAGUAGUUUUAUCAGUUUCCAGGGCGUCUCUUCAUCGUCGAUGAUGGGGACCUCUCGACAGGUAUCCCAUGGCCUCCUAAAGAAAGAUGUCAAAAAUGUCAAAGUCUGAGGGAGGAAGGAAAGACGUAGCAGGGCUGCUUAGUAGUAGAAUCUAUAACAGAUGCAUCUUUUGAUAAGUACAAUCAGUUUUUAGUAUUAUUUUUAUAGAACCGUAUAUGAAAGUUUAAAAUGAAUGAACGCCAGUAUGAAUUUAACAGUAAAAAAAAAAAAAAAAAAAAAAACUUCCAGGCACACUCGCUCAGCCAUGAACAGGAUGAAAUUCUCAGGUGAUUCUCUAAAUUCUCCGUCUGAAGCCUCAACAACAGUCUCCUUUAAACAAAUUAAUUUGCUUCAAAAACAAAAACUAGAUAUUAAAUAAAUAAAUAAUAAAAAAAAAUCAGUUCUGUCAGUGAAGAACAUAACCAGCUUCUUCCACAGCAGUAGGUUUAUUGCUUUACUAAACAAUUACAGCCUGAAUUUUUCAUGUUCAGCUCUCAUCAGUUUUAAAAUUUUAAAUAUUGAAUUUUCACUAAAUUCAUGAAAAGAACAGGUAACCAUAUUAAUAGUACUUUGACUUAAUUUGUAACUAAAAAAUUGAUGCAUAAUUCACCAUUAAAAAAAGGAUUAAAUAAUAGAAAUAUAUACUGUUUUACAAGUUUUAAAUAGAAAAAGUUUUUACUCACUUGGGCAAACUCCUGUCUUCAUCCAUGUUCAUAACUUAUGUGUCCACCUUACUUGGCCGCUCCUUUGUAGGUCACAAUGUGCUGAACAUCAUGCGUUUCAUCGCUUUCCAGAUGCCAUCAACAUGACACUUUACACCUAUUAUUAAAUGCCAACAGCCUAAAAUGUGAAGGUGCUGCAGGUGUAAAAGCCAAACAUGGUAAUAGGAAAUCAGACUCAAUGAAGACCUGAGAUCUUAACGAGAAAAUUAAAACUCUUGGUGAUAUUUCAACGAAAAAAAAAAAACACAGAUACAUUUCUAUUGCUUU